AGUCGUUUCAGGGGUUGUUAGAUGCUGCAUGGUAAUCACAGCUCAUCAAUAGCAGAAUACGGUCACAUGUUGUCGAGCAUGAUCCAACAGGAGACAAAGACAGAAGAGAUGUUGUGGUACUGCGCAUCUUGGCUUGGAGUCUGCUUGGCGACCAAAACCAAAGACAACCUCUGGGUAUUGCUAAAGCAGUGCAUGUGCAACAGUUUUCUACCAAAAGCGUCGUCAACAAGUUGUGCUAGUUCGCAUUCCCUCUCACAGGACUCGAACCUAUCGAUGGAUUACAGAUUACAUUGAUUAAGAGUUUUACUAAUUCUAAGGUGAAAGUGAUCAGGAAACGCUGAAUCGAUAGUGAGCCUAAUGCAGCACAGUCUCAGGGAGAUGAAUUGUUCAGAUUGUUCAGUAUUCUUGCUCGGAAACUACUACACGCAAAGCCGAAAUCCGAUUCGAAUUCGGUAAGGAAUUUGCGUUUAGUAGGUGCUUUUUGUAGCUUGAAACUAAAUUGACCAAUUAAUCUAUACGAAUUCCACUGCAGAACACUUAAACCAGAUUGUGGAAGCUUAUCGUAUGUAUUUGCAUUUUUUCUCCUUCCCUGGGGAUCUGGAUGCGUAUGUACGGCUCUUGGCAUUCCGUGUUACUUCCGUGCGUGUCUAAUCCUCUGCAGGUGUGCAUUCAGCGUUGAUCUUUAAACCAACAAAAAAAAAACAAGUAAUUUGAAACUAAGUUGCCGAUCGAUCGAAGCCUAGUGCCAGUGACUGCAGUGUUUAGUGUGCAGAAAAGCGCCAUAUCCGUUCUGACCUUUUACCAAUAAAUACGAUUAUCGACUUUUCGCGUUCCGUUGUUGUGUUUGGCACUGGACGAUUCGUGGCUGAAGCAUACCGUGCGACGGAAAUUUUCCAACCGUGUGUGACCGAUAGGAAAUGAAUCCUGUUUUUCUGAAGGGGUUUCCCUCUUUUCAGUCGUACCAUUGUUGUCGAGUGCAUGUCAAGUGAAUUAUCGCGGUCGACGUUUAGUGUCCGACGGAAAAUGGUUAGUCUACUGCUUUGCCAUCGUUGUUUCGGUAGAUUUUUGCUAGUGGCAGUAACGGCUAGCCCGGGGCCUGUAAAUCGUUAAAAACGUGCCCUAGGUGUAAAAACAUUACAAAACGGACAUACCAAUCAUCGUGGCUUUGGUGUUACUAAAGCGAAUGUGUUUAUGUGGGUGAAUUUUGCGACACAGCAGAAUCGUGAAUUUUUGUACCCGUGUCGAAGAUGGGAACUGAAACUGCCUGCGGCAGCUAUUUUAACGGUCAAUCCGGAACAGCCGGGACUGGAACAGCGAGUGGUGCUUCCGAGAUGACUAAUUAUUAUCAAAUGAACGGUGGAGAAGGAGCACGCAACGUUGCGAAUCAAUCAGAGGAUGAAAUGGUACAGAGUACAAGCGGUUCCGAUCAGACGGAGUCUGAGAUGGAUUUGCGUCAACAAGAUCAACAAAGACAUCACCAAAACAGCGAGUCACCUCGGCAUUCGUCCGGAAAUAACGUGUCCAAUCCGUGGUCCAUUUCUCAGCAGAUUCAGAAUCACAUUAACUCUAAUCAUUCGAAUCACUCUCGGCUGGAACGAUCCAACUCGCUUACCGCAAACUGGACUUUUCCUUCGUAUCAAAGACUCUACAACGAGAAUCAUUAUGGAAUUGCUAUAGCUGCUGCAGUGCAGCAGCAACAGCAACACCAUCCCGGCAUAACUCAGAACAACACAUCCCAAAACUCUGGGAUGCAGCAACACGGUAAUGCAUCGCAGCAGCUUCAUCAUCAUCAACAACAACAGCAGCAGCAGCAGCAGCAGCAGCAACAGCAACAGCAACAGCAACAGCAACAUCACCAACAUCAGCAACAACCACACCAUCAACAGCACCACCCGGCCCACCUUCAACAUCAACAGCAGCAGCUUCAACAACAUUCAAACCAUUUGGCAGCGAUUGCCGAAAUAAAUCAAAACGGGCCGCCGCAGUUUUCGAAACGAUUUUACUAUCCUUCAGGUUAG